AUGUACCAGACGCGGAGUCUGGAGGCGCUGCGGAUGUACGAGCGCGCGCACGACAUGCAUCUCAGCGCGAAGAAGACGUUUAAGGCGCUAGAGGAGCGGAUGACGCCGACGCCGGAGAAGAGGGGCGGCGUCGGCGGCGGUACAGCUGGCGGCGGCGAGAGCCCGGGGAGCUCCGGUUCCGGCGCGAAGAAGUCCAACAAGUCCGUCAGGACGAAGUUGUUCGGGAGCGGGGGGAAGAAGAGCGCGAAGAGCGCGAAGAAGACCCCGAGCCCGCGAACGAGCGAGAGCGGCGGUGGCGGCGGCGGCGAGGACGAUAGGAAACGCGAGGAGGUAGGGCGUGAAGACGCGAGAGGAGACGAAGGCGAAAACGCGACGGCGACGGCGCCGGCGGAGGACGAAACGCGAAGCGGCGGCAUCUUCGACGCGGACCUGAUGUUCGCCGCGUCCGACGCGAUAUCCGACGUCGUGGACACGGAGACGAUGAAAAAACGCGCGGAGCUCGCGCACAAAGAGAACAUUCGGAUGGCGACGAAGACGAUGCACGAGGCGCUCGUCAUGCAGCGGAAAUCGAAAAAGAGCGUCGAGAAGGCUCGGCCGUAUUUCGAAGCCAAGGCGAGAGCGGAGGCGGACCUGGCGCGGCGAGACGAGGAAGUUCGCACGCUGGAAGCGAAAGUCAAGGAGGGGAAGGAUCGGUACGCGAAAGCGUUGGAGAACCUGUCGCGGAUAUCAGAGGAGAUACACGAGCGCCGGGAGCGGGAGAGAAUAGAACGCGAAAACGCGGGCGGCGGCGGCGGCAGCGACGAGUAG